CCAAGAUCCGCUUGGCACCGGCAAAUCUGUCUCCCAAGGUUGUUAUGUGAAUGGUGCAAGUGCACACUUGCACGUAUGUAACCUUGGCACACGCAUGUCUGACCACCGCACAUCUAUUCUGUCUGCGCGUGUGCUUUAAUUGUACUGUUAACUCGGCUUCACAAUGACCGCCUCAUCAAACAAUGGCAAAUCGCCGACUGCCGUCGACCGCAUUCAUGGGCUCCCCGUCGACAACCCGUGUUUGUCCUUCUGGCAACAGACCACGCGAUCGUUCCCACAUCUCCUGGCCAAUUCUCAGAGCAGCCUUCCGCCAACUACAAAAUACCUUGUAAUCGGCUCCGGGCUUUCUGGCUCCCUAACCGCUUUCGACCUCAUACACUCAGCCGGUGUGCCCGGGAGCGAUGUCCUCAUCCUGGAAGCACGAGAAGCUGCAUCUGGAGCAACUUCGCGCAACGCAGGGCACGUCCGGCCCGAUGCGUUCCGUGGAUUCCAAUCCUACAGACGAGUACAUGGCACAGAACAGGCCGUGAAGAUAAUCGAAAACGAGAAGGACGUUCUCCAUAAGAUUGACGAGUUUGUGAGCAAGCAUAAUGUCCCGUGCGACUUCAACCUCGCAACCACGCUCGACGUGUGUCUCACCCCGGAGUUUGCCGAGUUCAAUGCCCGGAGCUUAAAAGAGUAUCGGGACGCCGGCGGCGACGUGAGCCAUGUGAAGGUCUUUGAGGGCAAGGACGCCGCAAGCAGGACAGGCAUCAAGGAGACCGUGAGCGCAUACGAGUGGCCCGCAGGGUCCAGCCAUCCCGCGAGGCUGGCCCAGUGGCUGUUGAGCCAGAGCAUUGCCAAGGGCGCAAUGUUGUUUACGCAAUGCCCGGCUCUGAACAUUUCCAAGAGUUCAAAUACUGAGGCAUGGUGGGACGUUGAGACUCCGAAAGGCACAGUUACAGCGCAAACAGUAAUCCACUGCACCAAUGGAUUCGUCGGUCAUCUAAUCCCCCAGCUGAAACCAUUCGUAACACCAACGAGAGCGCAGGCGCUUUCAUUCAUCCCACCGUUAGCCUUGUCCGGGCACAACAUGUUAGCCAGUACGAUGUCGUUGCGAUACAGCCUCUACAAGUUCUACUCUGUGAUGCAGCGCAGAGCCGAUGGGAUUUUCAUCGUGGGAGCCUCGAUCAGAAAUCCAGAUCUUAGCCGGGAAACAGCCGGGGACAUGGCAACACGAGACGACACCGGAUUCAACGAGGAGAUCAAGCAGGACAUCAUUGCGAACUUUGAGAAAUAUCUCCCCGUGUGUGAGAGUGGAAGGCUGAAACACGGAGAGGGCGUGCAGCAUUCGUGGUCUGGCAUUCUAGGCAUGACGACAGAUUCAGUGCCGUUCGUGGGCAGACUGGAUGAUCUUCCUGGGCAGUACAUAUGUGCCGGUUUCAACGGGCAUGGAAUGGCACGGAUUUUCAACUGUGCUCCUGCUGUCGUCAAGAUUAUUCACGGUGCCAAUUGGUCUGAUACCGGGUUACCUGAAUGCUUUGGUGUCACGGCGGAGCGGCUAAAGCGGUUGUCCCAGGACUCGGUCGAGUCCAUUCUUUGAACUGAAUAACAUGCCUCUACUGCGGCGAACCAGUGGAUCGGGUCGAGGGCAACUGAAGAUAAAUCCUUGGAAGUCCUCCCAAGGCUGGCUUGAAUGUCCUCAGUCGGUAGUGCUUUAAAAUCAUGGCAUAGAGUCUCUCCCAAUUUUCUCUUCGAGCUUGGUCCCGAAAUUCCUGGCUCAAUAUGACGAUAUGAUCUUUCAUGCCGUCUUCCUUGCAUUUGUG